GAAGGUGAGCACAAUGUGGAUCCAAGUCCGUACCAUAGACGGCACUGAGACUCAUACUAUUGAUGACCUGAGCCGUCUCACCAAGAUCGAGUGCCUGCGAGAGAAGAUCCAGGAGACCUUUUGUGUGACCCCCGACCGCCAGCGCCUCUUCUACCGGGGCAAGCAGCUGGAAGAUGGACACACUUUAUUUGACUAUGAUGUUGGACUAAAUGACAUAGUUCAGCUUUUGAUACGUUCUGAAUCUGAAGCUCCCACUACUUCUCUGGCAAAUCAGGAUGGAGAGGUCAAUCCCUGUGCUGUUCCCAACUGUAAAAACAAAGUCAAAAGAGCAACAAGCAGCAGAUCACCAAAUCAGCCAUCUACAUCAACUCACUCAUCUCUUAUAGAUCCUGGCAUUGGGUUGUACAAG